GUGUUAUUUUAGAUGCAAACAUUACUGGAUGUCUGAGACAACUGGAUUGUCAUUCUGCUAUAAAAGCUACAGUCAGAUCCCUGCAAGCUUCAUUAAAGGCGUUUCUGAAAAUCUGCCCCAGAUCCGUCAAAAAGAUGAACCUGGAAAUCAAGAAUAUCUCAUUUACCUCCGCUUCAGUCUCCUGGUUGCCCAACCCUUCUACUUGCCCAGCAAACCUUUACAGAAUGAUGUACCGUCCAAACUGGAACAGCAUAUUGUCAGGUUUCUCCAGGAAGAAUUUUCACCGGGAAGAAACAGUGCCAGUAGGCCGCAAUUCCAUUACCCUGCAAAGACUCACACCAGCCACAAACUAUAUCCUCUGCGUCACGUGCCAGAGCUCCCAGCCCUCCGGUGACCAGUGUGCCAUCUUUCAUACCCUAGCAAAAGAUGCUGUGGUUGUCACCAACAGGAACCUAGACCUCGCAACAGUGGUGUGGCUCACAAGCAGCAUCCUCUUCAUCAUAACUACUGUAGUCCUUCUUCAUGGCUGCUUCAAGCUGUGGUGCAGGAGGUGCAGGAGGAGUCAUUACACCUCUGCCAGCACUGUUCAUCAUGAGGUUGCGAGCAGUCAAGCCUGGCAGGGAGGUUACGCUGAAACUGCCUUAGUCGAUGAACACUGUAACAUACCUACCCUGUCCAAGGUUGGCAAGCUGACACAAGAUAAACUAGAGUACUUACCCGAAAAAUCCCCAGAUGGGAUGACAGGCUUGCUAGGCAACAGUGUGAAAUACAAGGAUAAAAUGGCUAUUCUCCCACAAGCAGUAUAUGAAUAGCAGGACUCUGUAGUGAGAUUACAACUUGUGUAGGUGUUAAUUCAGUAAACUUUUAUGGCCUCACGGUUGAGUAAAACAACAGGCUUUGUUGAAAAAUAUAAUCCCGGUAUCUGAGUCCAGGCUGUGCCAUUUUACAGUUCAGACUUGAAAAAUGGCAUCCCUGGAAUAGCUCAAAUGCCCACAUGACAGAAAUUAGCUGGAGCAGUCUUGACCUUUUAACAGCAAUGCUUGUAGCUGACCAGAUAAUUGUAGGAUCCUAUAGCUUGUGUGAGUUGUGCCAUUCCUCCAGUGAACAUUGUAACCCGACUGGCUUCCACUACCAGGUGCAGAAAGGAGCACCUGUCUGACCCCUUCACCCCAGGGUUCAAGCACAACAUGUGGCCAACAUGAAGUUGAGGAGGUGAUGAGGCGUGGCUGAUUCUAAGCAGGGGAAGUGCUUAACCACAUGAAGAAACUCUGACAAUAUUGAAAUUAAGCACAUGCGAUUACAAUCCCUGUAAACUACUGAACCUACCACACUUAAUAACAUCACAAAAAAAAACAUCCUGUAAUCCUGUAAUAUGCUUCUUAACAAUGGUCCAUCUAUGCUAUUCUGGAGUCAAAUGUGUGUAUUUUAUCUUUAUUCUUAAUAUGUGCAUAUUUUAGUAAAAUACUCUGCUUGGGGGACAAAAUCGGUUAAUUUUUGUUAUACAACUGUAAUGUUCAGUAACUGUGCACAUCUAACCUAGUUUUUACACAUAGAAUUGUACUAUGUCAUUAAAGGAUAUCAUUUAAAAUGCAAA